GUACAGAAAAUAAUCAACCUGCAUACAGUGCAUAUAUUCUCCCUCACUUCAUGUUUCUUUUUACACAUAAUUAUUUUCUCUCAUCCAAAAUUAUUGAGUUUCUAGGUUACAUCUCCUGAUAUCUGUGUAUAUAUUUGAGCUGUUGUGUCACCUCCGGUUAUGAUUCAUAACGGGGAAGAACUGUCAUAUCCUGGGAGGAUAUGCGCUAAUGAGGCGGAUAAAAUCCUCAAGGACAGUGACUGUGUCACGCCUCAGGUUACAUAAUAGUAUUUUGUUUUGCAGGUUUUCCCUAAUUUGAUUUGUGAAGAUUUUGAUGGAGUCGUAUGAACAACUAAAUUCGAUAAGUUUCUUGAGUCUUAUUUUACUUUAUUAGUCAUAUUUAUUUGCUGUGGCAUUUCUCUUUAAUUUCUUAUUUGUGAUAAAUUCCAUAUCUAAUUAUACAACAAUAUGCAUGAUGAUUGCUCACCUUCAAUUGUUCAUCGUGAUAUAUCCAGUAAGAAUGUUGUUUUGGAUUUGGAAUAUGUUGCUCAUGUCUCAGAUUUCGGAACAGCUAAGUUUCUUAAUCUCGAUUCUUCCAAUUGGACCGCUUUUGUAGGCACCUUUGGAUACACUGCUCCAGAACUUGCAUACACAAUGGAAGUAAAUGAGAGAUGUGAUGUGUAUAGUUUCGGGGUAUUAACCUUGGAAAUACUUUUUGGAAAGCAUCCUGGAGACAUUGUAUCUACGUUGUUGCAAUCAAGUACCGUAGGCCUGACUAGUGAUGCUAUGUCGUUGACUGCUAUGUUAGAUCAACACCUCGCUUUUCUUACUAAUGAUAUCGCGAAAGAGGUGGUAUCAAUUAUAAGGAUUGCAUGGCAUUGCUUAACUGAGAGCCCACAUAGUCGCCCUACAAUGGCCCAAAUUUGCAAGGAGAUUGCAAUAUCAAAGUCAUCUUCGAGUUAAUUAUGUACAUAAUAUAGCAAAGGAUGAUUUUAUCUAAUGAUUUAGACGAUUUCCAUCCCUUUUGUAUUACAGGAUACAUUUUUUAUCUUGAGAAUAAAUUACAGCUUAGAGGCAAUGUUCUCCUUGCUUUCAUAUAUUCAGAUAGGAAGUAGAGAAUGUGUUUCUCUCUUGGUGUAGCUUUGGUGUAUGAGUUAGUGUACUCAUAUUAGCAUCUUUAAAAAUAAUACCACUACACUGUUUUGUAUUUGUAAAUCUCUCUUAAACUUAUUUUGUAGCUUAUGUCAUAUUAUAUUUUGCUUCUUUCAAAAUAAUACUACUACUUCUUUUUUUUC